AUAUUUGCAUAGGCCAUUAAAAUAUGAAAAUGGAAGCAGAUCAAGAAUCGUAUAAAUGUGAAUGGUGUGGGAAACUGUAUGAUGUUUACUUUGAUCUGGACAGACAUAUGCUCAUCCAUGGCCCCGAUGACCCACACUAUCGAUGUGAUAUCUGCGGCGAUGAAUGCAAAACUGAGAAAGGACUAAAAAAACAUUCAUUGAUGCAUAUUUCAGACAAUGAUGAAUACUUUUGUGACAUUUGCGAUGAAUUUUGUCGAUCAGAAGCUGAGCUCGAUACUCAUAUGCUGACUCACGAUUUGAAUGAAAGUUUCCAAUGCAAUAUAUGCGGAAAAAGCUUCACACUUGAAAGCGAUUUAGAACGUCAUAACAUGCUCAAUCAUGACGAUGAAUCAGAAACUGCAAAUGAAGUGUAUAGAUGCCAGUUUUGUAACAGAUCAUAUUCAACACAAUUAGGCUUAUCCCGACAUAUAGCAAUUGCUCAUAACAAUAAGAUUAUGUCUGAUAAAGGUGUGAAAUGUCCGCUGUGUGAUAAAUUUAUCAUGUGGAGAAGAAAUUUGGGUAAUCAUAUAAAGAACUUUCAUAAAGAUGUGAGUGCUUCUUCGAAAAACGUUCAGUUGACAAAGAUGCAAAUCAGUUUAUUGAGGAGUCACUUGGGAAAUUAUGAUUGCGAAACCUGUGGGAGACAUUUCAACAGUAAACGGAAAUUCACAUACCAUGUACAAUCACAUAAAUAUCAAAGUAUUUUGACUAAAUCAUCGAUAAACAAAAAAUCACAAAAGCUCAAUUGUGAGUUUUGUGGUCGCAGAUUUUUUAGAAGAUAUCAUGUGAAUCGUCACAUAUGUUAUUAUCACACAGACCGUCAGAAGAAUAAUUUUGUUUGUGGCAUAUGUGAUGUGUCGUUUCAUCUAGAAUCAAAGCUGGACGAACAUAUGAUGGAUCAUACUGUUAAGCCUCCAAUGGAUAAUUUCAAGUGUAUUGCCUGCGGAGAAUUAUUUAGAUUUUCACGAAGUUUGUUAAAACACAUGAAAGAACUUCAUGGCAAAGAAAUGGCGGAAAGUAAAUGGAAUUACAUGUGUAAGGUAUGCGGAAAAGGUUUCAAUUCGGGGAUAGGUCUUUCAAAUCAUUCAAGAUGGCAUGUAAAAUGUGGGGCUGCUAUUUCAAAGAAACAUGUUUCCCCGCAGAUUAGUGCGCCUAAGAAAAGAGUCCUGGUGCAUAAGGAACAUGCACAUGUUCAACCAAAAAGCGAUGUAAAAUCAAAAGUUUAUCGCUGUGGCAGCUGCGCAAAGUCAUUUUCUUAUUCGAAGAGUUUGAAACGUCACAUGAAAUUCAAACAUGUGAAUACAUAUUCCUGUGAUAUGUGUAAAAAGGCUUUUCAUUCAAAGUCCAACCUGGAACAGCAUAUGAUGUUACAUUAUACUGAAAUGCCACAAAACAACUUUACUUGUGAUAUUUGUAGCAAAUUAUUUGAUAGUUUGCAAAGUUUGGCGAGCCAUAUUAGGUCUCAUAAACUUGACAAUCACUCUUCACCUAGCAGCCAUCAAAACAAUGAUUCAAAUGACGGAGAACGUACUCAUAGCGACACAAAAACCAAACAUAAGUAUAACUGUGAAACUUGUAAAAAGAAUUUUCUCACAUCUCAAGGUCUUCAAAGUCAUCUACGAUCGCACCAAAGAGGUAAAAUAUUUCAUUCAACGGCCAUUAAGCAACAGAAAAAAACAGUUGCCUGUCCAACAUGUGGCAAGACUUUCAAAAACUCAUCCGGUUUGGGUAGCCAUAUAAGAAUGCAUAAAUAUUCUAGUAAUUUCAAUAAGUUUGCGACAAAAGACAAUAAAAAUAUUCAAACAAUGGUGGACACAGAAGUACCUUUACAUAGAGUCCCAGUUAAUUUUAGCUGUAAGCAAUGUGGAAAGCAUUUCCUAAGGAAAAGCAACUUGAGUCUCCACAUACAAACUACUCACAUUGGUCGAAUUGAAUCUUUUUCAUGCAAUAUUUGUGACGUGACUUUUAGCUUAAAGUCUGAGUUAAAUGUGCACGUUGCAACACAUUCCAUACAUGACUGCAAAAUUUGUGGAAAAAAAUUUAAUCGACGUUCGAGUCUGACAAAUCACGUGAAGACUCAUAAUUCUGCUGUCAAUCAAAAAGAGUUUGUCUCUGAAAAAGACGCUGAAGAAACAUCUGCAAUGAAACCAAAAGGGGAUUUGGAAAAGAAUCAUUCAUGUUCUAUUUGUAAGAAAUCGUUUAAUUCUAAAUCUAAAUUGAGCAAACAUACGAUGAAACAUCACUCUGAUUUGCCAAUAAAAUAUUGUAAUGAAUGUGGAAAAUAUUUCUCAUCUGCAUUGAGUUUUGAUAUUCAUAUGAGAACUCAUAAACCCCAAUAUCAACCUAAUGACACAAAAAGCGUGAAACCCUACAGUUUGGAAUUAGAUCCUAAAGGCAAGAAAAAAUACCAAUGUAAGCGUUGUGGAGAAUCUUACGUUCACCAAGAAAGUUUGAAAAAACACGUCGAAAAGGAGCACUCUAAGAUUUUUGAGCACUACCUUUGCUAUGUAUGUGGAAAACUAUUUUCAGCAAAAAAAAAUAUGCUUAGGCAUGUUAAAGAAAAACAUUCUGACAUUACGAAAAAAGCUCUAAACUCUGACAAAAGAAGAUUUUCAAUAAAAGAUGAGCAGAAAGCUAAAGAAAAAAGUGAUUUUCGUGGACUAUAUCAGUGUAAAAUAUGCAAAAAGUUGUAUUCAAGUAAAUCCUCUCUUAAUAAGCAUUCUGCGAAACAUUUAAUGAAUAAAAUGUCCAAGCACCCAGUGGUUAUUCGAAAAGGGAAAACUGGUGAUAUUUCACAUGGCGAACCCAAAAAACUUAACCCACGAGAGCUAAAUUGUGUCAAUGUAAAAUCAGCAAACACUAAGGUAUAUGUAUGUCGCAUAUGUGAAAGACAUAUCGAGUCUAAAAGUUACUUGUAUAAACAUAUAAAAAGAAAACAUGGCAUAGGAGUGAAACAAUAUGAGCAAAAACACGGCACUCUUCCAUAUAAAGUAGUGAAAAAACAUUUUAAUGUGAUAAUUAAACCCACUAGUGGGGAAGAUGAAGGUACAAAGAAGUCACCAAAAGCUGGAGAAAAUCCACAACUUUCCCAGCAAAUUAUUGAAGAUCAUUCGAGGGUAUUAAAAUGCAGUACAGUUACCGCAUUGCCAUCAAAUACUCUUUCCCAAGAAGAAAUGGAAAUUGACACCCAAAAUGAGUCAAAAAGGCGAGAAUCUUUGGCGAAAGUUGAAGAUAAAGAGCUCAAUAGCAACAAUAAUUUUAAUCAAGAACCAGACCAUAUAGCUAGCAUUAGCAAACAUGAUCUCGCAAAGUCGAGUGAAAUGCAGGCUGCACGUGUGAGGGAUACUGCAUUGGAUUCAAACGACACUGAUGCUCGUGAUGUUGCACUCAAGAUGUAUAUAUGUCGCAUAUGUGAAAAGCAUAUUGAGUCUAAAGAUUACUUGUAUAAACAUAUAAAAAGAAAACAUGGCAUAAGAGUGAAACAAUACAAGCAAGAGCACGGCAUUCUCCCAUAUAAAGUGGUGAAAAAACACUUUGAUGUGAUAAUUAAACCCACAAGUGGAGGAGAUGGCAGUACAAGGAAGUCACCCAUAGGUGGUGGAAAUCUGCAAGGGUCGAGAGAAAUUAUUGAAGAUCAUCCAAAGGCAUCCGAAUGCAGUACAGUUUCUGAAUUGCCAUCAGAUACUCUUCCCCAGAAAGAAAUAGAAGGUAUGGAAAUUGACACUCAUAUAGAGUUAAAAAGGCGAAAAUCUUUGGAGGUUGAAGAUACAGAGCUCAAAAGCAACAAUAAUUCUAAUCAAAAACCAGACCAUAUAGUUAGCAAACAUGAUCUUGCAAAGUCGAGUGAAAUGCAGGCUGCACGUUUGAGGGAUACUGCAUUGGAUUCAAACGACACUGAAGCUUGUGAUGUUACACUCGGGAUGCAUAUAUGUCGCAUAUGUGAAAAGCAUGUUGAGUCCAAAGAUAACUUGUAUAAACACCUAAAAAGAAAACAUGGCAUAGGAGUGAAACAAUACAAGCAAGAGCACGGCAUUCUCCCAUAUAAAGUGGUGAAAAAACACUUUGAUGUGAUAUUUAAAUCCACAAGUGGAGAAGAUGACAGUACAAGGAAGUCACCCAUAGGUGGUGGAAAUCUGCAAGGGUCGAGAGAAAUUAUUGAAGAUCAUCCAAAGGCAUCCGAAUGCAGUACAGUUUCUGAAAUGCCAUCAGAUACGCUUCCCCGAGAAGAUUUAGCGAAAGGUAUGGAAAUUAACACUCAAAAUGGGUUGAAAAGGCGAGAAUUUUUGGAGGUUGAAGAUACAGAGCACAAUAGUAACAAUAACUCCAACCAGGAACCAGACCAUGUAACGAGUACUCAAAGUUUUGGAAAGUUGAGUAAAAUGCAGGGUGCAUGUGUGAGGGAUACUGCAUUGGAUUCAAACGACACUAAUGCUUCUGAUGUUGCAUCCCAGAUGGUAACUUCUUCGGCGCUGGCAUCUUUGGCGAAAGUUGUACCCACAGAGUCCAACAAGAGCAAUAAUUCUAACCAAGAACCGGACAAACUAAUGAACACUCAAGAUUUUGCGAAUUUGAAUGGAAUGGAGACUGUACAUUUGGAAGAUACUGCAUUGGAUUCAAACGACACUGAUACUUGUGAUGUUGCAUCUCUGAUGGUGACUUCUUCGAUGCUGGAAUCUUCGGAGAAAGUUGUACAUACAGAGUCCAACAAGAACAAUAAUUCUAACCAAGAACCGGACAAUCUAAAGAACACUCAAGAUUUUGCAAAUUUAAAUGAAAUGGCGACUAUACAUUUGGGAGAUACUGCAUUGGAUUUAAACGACACUGAUACUUGUGAUGUUGCAUCUCUGGCAGCAUCUUCUACGUCUCUGGAAAUCGAAAAAGAUUCUGAUACAUUGGCCAAUUUGUUUUCUAGACCGCCAUCUUCAAAUAAUGACUGUACGUCACAGGUGUCUGUUACUGGGAGCACUGAUGAAGAUACAACAGAAACUGAUAUUGAAGAGUCCGAAGUAACUGACCCACAAACACUAGCAGAAGGCAAUAUUAAAGCAGCUGCCUGAUGACAAUACAACGUCCGAAGCAACAAAAUCCAUAAAUGUGAGUCAAUCUGAUUCCACUGUGAAGGGUAGUCAAGCUAAUGCAUUGCCAGAAUCAUAAAAUGUUCAUCAAUUUCGAAAUUCAACACAUACUGCAGUAGUUUGGUACUAGUAGUGUGUGCCCUUUUUCUAUCAGUUGAUUUAUGUGAUCGCAGGAUACAGGAUGCUUAUUUUUUCAUAUGACGCUUUAUAUAAUGCAAUGAUGCUGUAGCAUGAAUAAAAAUACCAUCCUAUUCAAGAGUCCUGCCGCACAAGAACACAAAUGUAUUUCUGUGACGUUUCCUCUGGCCAAAAUUAGACAAGCAGUUUACAACAAUGAAGAUGAAACGUUACAAGAAUGCAUUUGUGUUAGUGUGCGGCAGGACUUUUGAAUCGUAUAAUGUGCUACUACCCGUUUCGACUUCGCCUACCCACUUCAUUGCAUCAGGGGUUCUCAACCUGGGGUUCACAGGAAGAUUUUCAGGGGUAUCUGGAUGGUAGCUAUGUUGCUAUUUUUUAAUAUGCAUUACUGCCCGAGAAAAAUGUUCACCGAUUGAAAAUGUAGAUUUUCCCUGAUCUUGCGUUUUUGUGACUAAAAAUGUGAAAUCCACUGCUUUGUUGCCAAAGUGUGAAAUCUCAAAAGACAAAUGUGCUGCUAGUGUUGCAGAAAGUGAUAUGCUAAUUGAAACUUGAGAGAGAUUUUGAUAAUUUUCUUAAUUGGGCAGAGCACAAGGACAAUUCGAAGAUUUAAUAUAGAAGUUGAUCAAUAAAUUGUUGUUGCGGCAAAUUGUUAGUCAAUAUAUUACAACUUUGUUUGGUGUCUGAUUAUCGGGGGUUCGCGUUGAUGGUUUCAUGACUCUGGGUACUUAACAGGAUAAAGGUUGAGAACCACUGCAUUACAUACACCCUUUCUCAUUCAUAAAUAGUUGUGUACUCCCUUUUAUUAGUGUUUCUAAUUAAACAUAGAACAAUCAUGUCUUAGCUGUAUGGUAAGAUGUGAUUUAAACGUCAGCUCAUUCUGCCAAUCAUCCACCCAACGAAUUAUUCAUUACUGUACUGAUUGUGUUUCUCCAUACACUGCCUAUUUUACCAUGUUUUAUCGGCGCUU